CGAGGAUACAACGCGCGAACAAACCAGCGCCGUCAUGGAGCCGCCUUAUGUUGGAGCAUCAUCGCUGCCGCGCGUGUAUCGCCCAAUCAAGUCGCCGGUCGACACUGCAGUACGUGCCACGACAGCAGACUCCCACUUUCGACCGAAGCACACUGACCGGACUGCUGCCCUACUCUCCUUUACGACAACCCGAGGUCGCAAUUGUGGCGACACACAGCCGUCACUUCGAAGCCAUCGGCAUCCGGUCGCGCCAUCACGCAAACCGCAGCCCAACACACCUCUCCAGCCCAGAGACGAAGUCGGCAUCUUGUAUCCGUUUUCCAACAUCGCCGACGACGACGGGUCCAUGCACCAGAUCAUGUGGUCAAAAUGGCAUGAUCAGCACGCCGCCGACACUCUCGACGACAACUUUACCUCGUUUGCAUUAUACGGCGAAAUGAAGCUUCAGGAAGCCCAAACGAUGAGCUCAUGGCUGGAGCAGCCGAAUCAAUUUCUCACUGCCGUGGCAUGUACAUUGCUCGACAAGUUUGCAGAACGAUUGGGGACGUCGGGGGGACUCAUGCGGCGGCUCCUCCACGCAUUGAUGGCGGCAGUGUACGUCCGACGACCGACAGGCGACGACGUUGCCUCCACGAAGGAUGGCGAGUUCGACCGCAAGGUGCCCCACUUCAUUGAAAGCAAGCGACUGCGACGAACGUGCCUGGAACUUCUCGACGAAAACACGCGGAAACAUGCUGACUCGUCGAUCCACCAAGUUGGUGUCGAAAAGAUGCAGCGCGUGAUCGAAGGCACGGCGAAGACGUGGAAGCGUAAAGUCCAGCGCCUGUUGUUCUACAAUUGGACGUAUUUGGUACAGCGGCGGCGACGCAUUCGAACUUUCAUGGACCGCACGUUUCGGUACGAGGUCAAAGCCACUGUGAAGGAAACAUUUCGCGCAUGGCGUGUCGAGGCCCUGCGGCGGGCGUACUACCGAGAGUCGGCAAACUACCAGGCCAUGCUGUCCGUCACGGCCGAGUCGCUCGGGCGAAAGGAUAUCCAACUCAACGAAGCUGCGACUCGAACGACAGAGCUUCAAGCUCAGGUCGACCAGCUCGCUUCGAUCAACAGCCAGCUCGUUAUGCGAAUCCAGGAGCUUGAAGCAACCAAUAGGUCCAUGCGGGCGGCACAGGGGGCGCCCGAUGCAGAGUACUUCGUCCCGGCAAAAGCACAAUUUGAACCGAUGGACACCAUCGUGGCGUCGUCAACGUCAGAAACAGAAGAAGACCACAAAGUGAAUCGCCUGCUUUUGGAAAGCCUCUUUGCCAUGGCCCGCAUGGUCGAGUCGUCCGUGAUCCAGAGCUCCAGCGACAUCAUGGACAGCUUGCGCCAUCAAACGGACGGCCACGAGCUGCGCGACCUGUCUGAACUCAUGUUUAAACAGACGCAGCUCUAUGGCAAGCAGCAGCCCUCCAUGGCUUCAUCGUCGACCGUUCACGACCACCACUCGAUUCAGAACCUCUUGACAAAACCCAUCGACGUGGUGCUGCUUAACUGGAUGCGGCUUCAGCUUGACCGGAGCACCGCAACGACGCGGCCGCAAGACAAAAUUAUCCGCAAUUUCUCAGAAGACCUUGCCGAUGGCCACCGCUUUGCGCUGUUGUUACAUCACCUGUACCCAAAACUUUACGACACGGCGCUCGUGGGGGAAAUCGACGUCGACACCCGACUCCAACACAUCGAGCGAUUUAAUCGCGAGUGCCCCAUGGACACUUCAGCGGACGCGACGCUGCCUGCGGUCGUCACUGCCGAGUCCAUUGCGAACCAGAAGAGCCACGAGAACUUUGUGUUCAUCGCGAUGCUAUUUGGACUCCACCAAGCCCAUUACGCUCCGGUCAACAUCGAUAAGGCGCGCAAAGCGUUCUUACACAUCGUGACAUGUUGGAAGAAGGUGCGGACUAUCAUGCUCGACGUCCGACGGGCGGCCGACGACACGCCCGACAAAGGCCUCGUCCUGAGUUUGGUCAAAGAGCUCAAGACAUGCGAGAACUAUCAUAAAGAAAUGCAAUGCGAGAUCACGUCGCAGGCGUGCACAUCCAACGAAACCUCCACCGUCCUCAUCAAGCUCACACACAAGAUUCUGUGCUUUACAUGGCGGCUGCUUGCUGAGAAGCUCCAGGGGGUGCAUGAAGACGUGGUGGACGAGAGGCGAGCCCACACGAUGCAGAAAUUCACAGUCGUUUCACCCGUUCUCGUGCGCGACAUUAUCUUGGGCAACCCCGACGGCCGUCGGACGUCGCUCAGCGAGACGGAAGUCUUGACCCGAGUCGCAGGCAUUCAAAAGGUGCUACAGCAGUGGUUCAAGGAACUCUGUGCCAUCUUUCGGCACUACAGCUGCGGCGCGCUGCGCGGUCGCGCGACGACCAUGAGUUCUGGCGAGUGGGCGAAAUUCAUCAAGGAUUGCGCGAUUGUGGACAAAAAGGUCACCCAGGCGAUUGCCGAAGCCGUGUACUACCAAUGCGUCAACUCGGACAAAACGAUCGUGCAGACGACGACGGCGGCCAAGGAGAUGUCGCCGUCCAUGUUUGUGUCGGCGCUCGUCCUGCUCGCCGACAAAAAGUACCCCCAAGUCAUGUUUGAGGACCGCAUUGGCGAGCUCAUUGAAAAGUGCGUGAUUCCGCACGCAUGUCGGUCACAGCCCGAGGUGUUUCGGAUGCUCCUCCAGACGUCUGACGUGCGUGGCGUGUACCAAAAGUUUAAGCAGCCCCUCCAGCGUACGUUCAAGUACUACUCGAGCGUCAAGGCCGACGAGGUGCUGAAAAGCACCAAGCCGCGGUCGACAAUUGGUCUGGUGGAGUUUGUCAUGAUGGUCAAGGAUUGCAAGCUGAUUGGGUCGUAUGUGACGGAAAACACAGUCAAGCAGAUCUUUGUGCUCGUGCAGCGACACAACGACGACGACGAGUGGGGGGGAGACAUUACUGGGAACGAAGAGCUCCAAGUCAACUACGUCGAGUUUGAAGAGGUGACUCGGAUUGUAUUGCCGUCGACGGCGACGCGUGACCUUUCGACGAUGUCGUAGGCGUUGGGUGCUCUGACCGAAUAUGUGAUCGCGAAUCCAUACAUCCCAUACUUCAAGCGACUGGAGCAGUUCAUAGGAGACAUGAUCGUGCCACGUGCGAGACAGAAGAAGCCCAAAGCGUAGACGCAUUUCUUGAACUUCCUUCGUCGCGAUGCACCCGUGGUGCACCCUGGUUCUCAUCGUCAUGGCGGGCAAUCCUUGCAUCACCCAUGCUAAGUGCGACGUCCGAAUCGAGCCAAUCGUUGUCCGUGGGAUGAGUUUCCACCAAUGAAAGUGCCCUAUUUUUCCAAUGAAACGUAUUUGAACCA